GCCACAAUGUCUCAGAGGUUAUCGUUCAGACACAGCCCGCCAAGUUCAACCAGGUAAUGCACACCUUUCGGCGAAGGGCACUUGGGCAGAAAACCUUAUAAAGCGCUGAUUAAAUGAGUUCUAAGCACCAGUUGCGUCUAGCAUCAAGCAUCACACACCAUGAGCAGCGGCAGACACUUGGCAAAAGGCUCUGGGACGCCCGAUGUGCCAGCGGAUGGCAUUCUGAGGCUUUACUCUAUGCGGUUUUGUCCAUUUGCCCAGCGUGUGCACCUGGUGCUAGAUGCCAAACAGAUACCCUAUCACAGCAUUUACAUAAAUCUCACAGAGAAACCAGACUGGCUGUUCGAAAAGAAUCCCCAGGGCAAGGUCCCAGCGCUGGAGCUGGUGCGUGAGCCAGGUCCGCCCGUGCUGACCGAAUCGCUGCUCAUAUGCGAAUACCUGGACGAGCAGUAUCCACUGCGUCCGCUCUAUCCACGUGAUCCGCUGAAAAAGGUACAGGAGAAGCUGCUCAUCGAACGCUUUGGUGCCGUUCUCGGCGCCUUCUUCAAGGCCUCCGAUGGCGGAGAGCUGGAGCCCUUCUGGUCUGGCCUAGAUAUAUACGAGCAGGAGCUGAGCAGGCGUGGCACGCUCUUCUUUGGCGGCGAACAGACGGGCAUAUUGGACUACAUGAUCUGGCCCUGGUGCGAGCGACUCGAGCUGCUAAAGCUGCAGCGCGGCGAGGACUACAACUAUGAUGAGCAACGUUUUCCACAUCUGACGGAGUGGCUGAAGCGCAUGAAACGCGAUGCUGCUGUGAUGGCCUUCUAUAUGGAAGCCGAGGUACAGGCCGAGUUUUUGCGCACGCGCAGCGCUGGCAAGCCAAACUAUAAUCUGUUGGUCAAGGAUGCCUAAGCUUUGUCCAGAUUUGGGCUGCAAUAAAUAUGCUUGAGUUAAACUCGAA